AUGGACACAAAGAGGACUGACGGGUAGUGAGUCAGAAACGCCAUAAAGAAGAAAGGAGAGAUGGCUGCUGCGCUAGCUCUCCCCCAGCACUGCCGAAAGCUGGUCGGUGUGUCACUGGGUACUGUAUUUCGAGAGGUAGUCCAGCUGCAAACGGUCCCUAUGCCGCGAGCCGGAUCCCGCGAACUCUUGGUCCGGACUAGCUACGCCGGGAUCAACGCCUCGGAUAUCAACUGGACGGCGGGUCGCUACCUCCCUGGACUCCAGCCGCCGUUCGACACUGGAUUCGAAGGUCUGGGGAAAGUGGUGGAGGUGGGGAAGGAUUGCAAGGGGUUCCAGACUGGAGACUCCGUUCUCUUCAUGCACGCGGGGUCGUUUAGCGAAUACCUCACUCUCCCCUACCGUAAAGCGACGCUGCUCCCUCGGCUGGACCCCGCAUAUCUCUCUCUCCUGGUCAGCGGUUGCACGGCCUCAAUUGCUCUGGAGAAGGUCGGGGAGAUCAAGAAAGGGGACAAGGUUCUGGUUACUGCAGCUGCGGAGGCACCGGGCAGUUUGCAGUUCAGCUGGCAAAACUAGCUGGAUGUCACGUCAUCGGGACUUGUUCCACAGACGAGAAGGCGGACUUUCUUCGAGGACUCGGCUGCGAUCGACCAAUCAACUACAAGAAAGAGAACCUGAAGAGUGUCCUCAGGGAAGAAUAUCCUCGUGGAGUCGACGUUAUGUAUGAGGGGAUCGGCGGGGAGAUCUUCAACACCUGCGUCAAAAAUCUCGCCACGAAGGGAAAACUCGUGGUAAUCGGUUUCAUCGAGAGCUACAAGAGCUCCAACUUCUCCACCAGACCCACUCUCCCCCUGCACCAGAUACUCCUCUCCAAAUCGGCCAGUAUUAGAGGGUUCUUCCUCAAUGAUUACGUCGCCGACCUCCCCUCUCAUAUCUCCCGGCUCUGCCAGCUGUAUGAGCAGGGGCAGUUGAAGGCACUGGUUGAUGUGGGGGAGGGGGCUCCUGGUGGCCCAUUCAGAGGACUUGAGAGUGUGUAUGAUGCAGUGGACCAUCUCUUCAGUGGAUGCAAUAGAGGGAAAGUGGUGGUGGAGAUUUCUCCUCCUCAGGCCACCCCUGAGUCCGCUACUAGAGCGAAACUGUAGCGUUUAUCCACGUAUAUUUGUAGCGCGCAACUCGCGCACGCACGCACGUGAGGUUUAUCGUAAUGCGCAUGCGUGUACCCACGUGGGGUGGAGCCGACUGGAAUGAGAAUGGCAGAAGCUGCGGUGUCUAGCGAAGGCUCUGCAGCAGCUCCAGAGGCCAGUUCAGAGCAGUUAGUAACGCCAAUGAGCGAGAGACCUACCUGUAUCAUCUGCCUCGGAAUGGCCGGCUCGGGGAAAACGACGUUCGUUCAGAGGCUCACAGCUCACCUCCAUGCAUUGAAGAAGCCUCCAUACGUUGUGAACCUUGACCCUGCCGUGUCCAGCGUGCCUUACCCUGUCAACAUUGACAUCAGGGACACGGUGAACUACAAGGAGGUGAUGAAGCAGUAUGGACUGGGACCAAACGGAGGGAUCGUGACCUCGCUAAACCUGUUCUCGACCCGGUUUGACCAGGUCCUGACCUUCAUUGAGAAGAAGGGCAGCCAGUGCCAGUAUGUGUUGUUUGACACUCCAGGUCAGAUAGAGGCCUCCUCAUUCCCUACUGUGAUUGUGUAUGUCAUGGACGUAGUUCGCAGUGUGAAUCCAGUCUCCUUCAUGUCCAACAUGCUCUAUGCAUGCAGUAUUCUCUACAAGGCAAAGCUGCCGUUUGUCGUAGCUCUCAACAAGAUCGAUGUGGUGGAUGCCGCGUAUGUUGUGGAAUGGAUGAACGACUUUGAGGCUUUUCAGGAGGCCUUGGAGCAGGAGACGUCGUAUGCCUCUAACCUGACUCGCUCCAUGAGUCUGGUCCUGGACGAGUUCUACAAGAACCUCCGAAGUGUUGGUGUGUCAGGACUGGUAGGACUUGGAGUGGCGGAAAUCUUUGCUGCCAUUGACGAGGCCAGGACUGAGUACAUGCAGUGAGCCUCUCCUUCUUCCCCCUCUCUCCUAGUAUACCUCUCCCACCUCCCCCACCCCCCAAUGUGCAGGGACUAUUACCCUGAGCUGCAGCGGCUGAAGAAAAAGAAGGAGGCGGAGGAGAGACAAAGGCAGGAGGCGGAGCUAGCGAGACUGCUCCGGGACAGGGCAGAGGGGGAGGAGGUGCCCCUCGCGACCUCCACAGAGAGGACACGGAGUUCACGGGGUCAGGGGGUGGAGCUUCGUCUCCACGGGGACGAAGAUAGUGAAGAUUCGGACGACGAGGGUGGUGUGGGGGAGAGGAUGGAGGGAGAGAAUGAAUCUACCUCGUUUCAAAACUUUCUCAAACAUCAGGAUAAGAGAGACACCACAUAGUAACCAAUGGUCAUUUGUAUUACUUUGCUCACUAUGUAUGCCUAUAUAACACACCCCAUACUGUACAAGCAAGACAAUGAAUCGUACUACACAAAUCACUCCUCAUGCAUUCAGUUGCUCACAUCACAUGUGCUAUCUUGUCUGCAACAAAUGUCCUCAUAACUGGCCCAAAAGCCAAUUUCACAAAUUUCCAUAAAUUAUAAAUUUACACACUUAAUGUAUACCUGUGCAGAGUGACGCAAAAAAAUGCUGUAACAGCAUGACGUGGUGAGAAUGAUUUUGUGCGACUAACAGUGUAUGUUUGAACACAGUGUGAAAUGCCAAAACUAAGAAGUUCCACUCUGGGUCUCUCCACUGGUCUCCUCUGCCCCCUUCCCCUGCGGCUCCUCUUUUUCCUCCUCUGAGUCGUGCGGCACGUCAUGUGACUCCUCGAUGACAUCAUCAACAUCACUGAGAAACUCUUUUUCCUCCUCUGAGUCGUGCGGCACGUCAUGUGACUCCUCAAUGACAUCAUCAACAUCACUGAGAAACUCAUUGAGGGAGGCAGUCCCGUCCGUAUCCUCAAUCAACACAUCCUCCAACUGGACAGUCCCGAUAGGUGCCCGGAUUGAUCGGUCGACGGAUCCCGUUUUCCGAUAGUCGGCCAACUGCUGUUGGAACAUGUCGCCAAAUGUCUUUUGCCGCUCAGCUGCCUUCUCCGUCUCGAUCUGGCUCUCCACCCCGUCCUUUAACCUCUUCUCCUCUGCCAGAGUGUCCUUCAGUCGCUGCAGCUCCCUCUCCGCCCUCCCUCUCUGUCGCUCAUGCUGAAUCUUGAGCGACUCUCUCUUCCUCACGGCCUCGAGCUUGGCGCGAACCCGGGCGUACUCGGCGAUACUCUCCUCCACCUUCUCCAGCAGUUGUCCCAACUCCCGGACCUUCUCUCGCGACGUCUCGACGGCCUUCACCACCUCGGGGAGCUGUUUCAGCUCCUUGCAGCAGUCGGAGAUGAUGGUGUGGGUGUACUGGAUCCCUCUGUGCAUCUCGCGCAGGUCGCCGUCGAGGGUGACAGACACCCGCGAAGCCUCCUCUGUCCUGCGGUGUACGAGACUCCAUUCCUCUUUGAAUUUCGAGAGGAGUUCGCCGCCCACGUCCAAGUUGACCGCCUGGUGGACGAGGAGAGACGACGGCAUAUUUGGUUCCUUGGGAGACCCCGAGGGCAUCUUCUCUCUCGCUGCCUCUAUCAUCCCUACGAAAUCCUGUUUCAGUUCGCGGGAGUUCUCGGUGAAGUCUUUGACGGCCGACGUCCAGAGUUCUUUCAUUCCGACGACCAUUUUCUUGGUGGCAGCUGCCCCGCGAGACUUGCCCGUGGUGGUUGGGGAGGACCCUGCCAUGGCAGGCGAUUCUUCGAGAAGACCGCUACGAGAGACAGGGAGAGGAGAAGUCGCCGUUCCACUGCUGUGUGCCGGUGUCCGUGUGUGAGACGCGGAGAGCCUUGGGUGUCUUGUGACCUUUCUGCAACCAA